GGAUACAUAAAACUCGAACACCACAUAAAUUUAUCAGAAAACAAAUUGAAUUAUCCACACCAAACCAAACCAAACCCUAGAAACCUCUCACCAGAAUGUCAUCCGACGCCGGAAUCCUCUCGCGCAUCUCCUCCUCCGUCUCGGAGUCUCCUAUCGUCUACAAAGGCAAGAAGGCGGCCUCCGACACCGCCUUUGUCGCCUCCAAACUCCUCAAGAGCACCGGAAAAGCCGCUUGGAUCGUCGGCACCACCUUCCUCGUUCUCGUCGUCCCCCUCAUUAUUGAAAUGGACCGUGAGGCUCAGUUCAACGAGCUCGAGCUGCAGCAGGCUAGCUUGCUUGGUUCCCCUAAUUAACCAUUGAUGGAUAGUUGCUGCUAAUGAAAUUAUGCCCCACCUUAACCUCAACGUCAUCUACAAGUUAGCAACAACAAUACAGAACACACAAUAUGAGCAGCAUUGCGAUUGGGGUUAUGCAAACCAGUUGAAAUAGAUAUUUCCUUACUUCAUAAGUACUAGUUAUGUUUUUAUAAUUUUGGUCUAUUUUUAAAAGGUAUUGACUUUUAUAUUUGGUAAAUUUCUACUAUCUAAUAUCUAUAAUGAGGUUGGUUUUAUUUUCCA